AUGCACUCGCCACAGCAUUCUGAAAUGCUAACGCUGUCACCACCCUACAGCUUGGCUUCUGUUCCAUUCCGGUGGGAAGAAGAGCCUGGUAGGCCACGACCCUGCACCACCGCCGCCGCCGCCAGAAUCAUCACCGUCCAUCCCAACAAAAAUGGAAAUAGACCCAAGCGCUUAAAGCUGCCUCCAAGGGUGCUGGCUGGUGCCAAGAUUAGUAAGCCCUGCUCUCCCACCACCGUCCUGGACGGUCCUGACGUGGACAAUACUGUAUUCUCUUCGACUUCUUUCAGAUUUAUGACAAAGCUUGAGGGUACUUUUGACAGCAGCAGUUCGAGUCCUGCAGAGACUCAGAGAGAGCAGCUUUGGACAAUGGUUCUUCGCAAGAGAAGGAAUAAGAUGAUGAGAGGGUUUCAAAAGAACCGUAAAGUCAAGCAUAAAGACGGUACUGGACGCUAUUUUACCUAUUCAUGUUAUGGUAAAAAGAAAGUUGACGGAGGUUGCUUUGUCUUUCCAUCUUCCAUGGAUGUAGCAGAUUGCAGUGAAGGUAAAAAUGGCGGUACAAGGACGAAGAUGGCGAGGAUUAUAGGGAAUGGAAAGUUUUCCACUCUCUCUCAGACGAAGGCUCAAUUCUGGGCAAGUUCUCUUUUCGAAGGUGUAUACCAGGUCUUUAAGAAAGCCAUUUCAUGGAGUAGAAAAUUGAACAAACAUGGCCAAGUCCAGACUCUAAAGAGAAUGAGAGAGAUGGGAAUCAUAGGACAGGUAGCAGAACUCGAGUCUAUGUUCUCACCAAAGCUUCCAUUGUUCUCAGUCCCACACAUGCACUCGCCUGAACACUCUGGGAUGCUAACACUAUCACCACUCUACAGCUUAGCUUCGGUUCCAUUCCUGUGGGAAGAAGAGCCUGGUAAGCCACGUCUAUCCACCACCUUCACCAGUGUCCGUCCCAACAAAAGCGGAAAUAAACCCAAGUCCUUAAAGCUACCUCCAAUGCUGUUGGUUGAGUCCAAGAUUGCUAAGACGCCCUCACCCACCACUGUCCUGGACUCUCCUGAUGUGGACAGAACUAUAAUCUCUUCAGCUUCAUUCAGAAUUACAAGAAAGCUUAAGGGGUCUUUUCACAGUAGUAGUUGGAGUCCUCUUAGAUUCUUUGGUUCUCGGGGGCUAAAGAACCCUAAAGUCAAGGGUGAAGAUGGUUUUGGAGGUAAUUUUUCUUAUUUACGUUUGGGUAAAAAGCAAGUUGGUGGAGAUCGUGAUGAUGGUGAGAGUGGCGACGGUGUAAGGAUGAAGAUGGAGAGGAUUAUAAGAAAUGGAAGCUUUUCCACUCUCUCUCAAGCAAAGUCUCAGUUCUUGGAAGCUAUAUAUGAGGUUUUUGAGAUAGCCAUUUCAUGGAGUAGAAGAUUGAACAAAGGCUCGUAUAAAACUUCUUCGCUGUUUUGGCGUCGUCAAGUCCACAAAUCUGCCAGGGCUCUUCUUUACUAUGGGGCCUAUGAGCAGUCCUCUUGA